CGCGUCGCAGACGGAGGGGGAGGGGCGGGCAGGACAUGGAGGGCGAGCGCAGCUUCUCGGAUGUAUGCGGCGGCCGCCUGGUCCUGCAGUGCCGCUACUACUCCCCGUCUUGCCGGGAGUUCUGCGUCAGUUGCCCUCGGCUGUCGCUGCGCUCGGUCACCGCUGUCACCUGCAGCGUGUGGCUCGCGGCCUACGGGCUCUUCAUCCUUUGCGAGAACAGCAUGAUCCUCUCUGCUGCCAUCUUCAUCACCCUCUUAGGCCUGCUUGGGUAUCUCCAUUUUGUGAAGAUUGACCAGGAGACUCUGUUAAUCAUUGAUUCUGUUGGCAUCCAGAUGACUUCAUCCUAUGCUUCAGGCAAAGAAAGCACUAACUUCAUAGAGAUGAGCAAGGUCAAGGAUGUUGUCAUCAAUGAGGCUAUUUACAUGCAGAAGGUGAUUUACUACCUCUGCAUCUUACUGAAGGAUCCAGUGGAACCACAUGGCAUAUCCCAAGUAGUACCUGUCUUCCAGAGUGCCAAGCCCCGGCUGGACUGCCUGAUCGAAGUGUACCGGAGUUGCCAGGAGAUCCUGGCACAUCAGCAGGCCGCGUCAGCAAGCCCAUGAGCCCCAGCUGCAGAAGGCUGGCACCGUCUCCAUGGGAGGUGACUCUGCAGCCACAGUGGCUGGUUUAUUUUCUGUCCUCUAAGCUGUCAGGUGGAUACAUUCCUAGGAACCAGUAUGGAUGUGGUGGAUCUCAGAGCCAUGAAGCAGGUGACUGGAACUCUAACUCAGUGUAUUUCUGUGUAUUAGAGUGCUCCUCUUAUAAGGUUCUGCCUACUUUACCAGCCAAGGGGAGACCUGGAGAAUUUCAACACUGUAUGUCAAAAGUAAUGUCAGCAGAGAGCACUUGGUGAAAUUCCUAAGCACACUCAGGCUUACUGUGUGUUGAUGUUUGUGGAGUAUGACUGUGAGAAACUGAUAUCAGAUAUCUUGAGAAGGGUGUGGUUUCUUAUUGCAUCGUACCCCUGUAUAAAAUUAAGAAAAGUCAAGCCCUUCAGGUACUGGUUAGCAAGAAGUAUCCUACAAAAGACUAAUUUCUAUUCCUGUGUUCUGUACAGGAUUGACUUGACUUUCUUAAUAAACAGAUCUUCCAAAACACACAGUAA